GUGUAUGACGAUGGACGCUCGGUGUACCUAGUGACAGAGCUGAUGAAAGGAGGAGAGCUGCUGGAUAAGAUCCUCAGACAGAAGUUCUUCUCUGAGAGGGAGGCCAGUGCAGUUCUCCACACCAUCACCAAAACUGUGGAGUACCUGCAUGCACAGGGGGUAAAAAAUUUACCAUCACAAUGAUACACAAUACUGAUAUAUUAUGUGUUCCAAGUAUAUAUUAUAUUUUGAGCACUUCGCUACUUUCAAUGCACAGGACCUUUCUACUGUAUAAGCCAUACAAGUUGGCCAUCUAUGAUAUUUGCCUCCCUGACUCACGGUGUCACUGAUGGAAUUUCUGUCCCCCUGCUCAGGUUGUCCACAGAGAUCUGAAGCCCAGUAACAUACUGUACGUGGAUGAGUCUGGAAACCCAGAGUCGAUCCGGAUCUGUGACUUUGGUUUUGCCAAACAGCUGAGAGCUGAAAACGGGCUCCUGAUGACUCCCUGCUACACGGCCAACUUUGUCGCCCCCGAGGUGUCUCUUCAUCUACAUGUUUCUGUGACUAGUACCUGCAUGUUAAGCUAAUGGUUGUCUAACUGUAAAAAGUCCAACGUAUUUUCAGUUUUCGAUAUAUUUGUCUAGUAACUGACAUGGCAUUAUGUAUUCUAAUGCAGUGUGCAAUACUUCCUGUUGUUGUUAGGUGCUGAAGAAACAGGGCUAUGAUGCAGCCUGUGAUAUCUGGAGUCUGGGAGUGCUGCUCUACACAAUGCUUACUGGGUAUGCAGGCUUUACCAACAGUAAUGCAGCCAAUGAUGUGCAUGCAAAUAUAAUAUUAACACAUAAUACAAUAGGAACAAUAUAGUACUUUCAUAUUUUAUUAGUCCUUUGAAGUAUGUAUUUAUCUUGAUGUUUCAGGUUCACUCCUUUUGCCAAUGGACCAGAGGAUACUCCGGAAGAGAUCUUGGCUCGGAUCGGCAGUGGAAAGUUCUCUCUGACGGGCGGCUACUGGAACUCAGUCUCAGCAGAAGCCAAGGUAUGUCUGGGACGUCGGUUGGACUGCAGCACUGCGCUUUCCAUAGUAUCCAAUUACUCUGUGAUAGUGGUUUCAAAAGGGAAUCAUUUUCCUAGCACUAUACAGUGCAUUUGGAAAGUACAGCCUUAUUCUAAAAUUGAUUAAAUAAAAUACAUAAUCCUCAUCAAUCUACACACGAUAUCCCAUAAUGACAAAGCGAAAACAGGUUUUUAUAAUUUUUGGCAAAUUUAUUAAAAACAUAACUAUUCAAACCCUUUGCUAUGAGACUCGAAAUUGAGCUCAGGUGCUGUUUCCAUUGUUCAUCCUUGAGAUGUUUCUACAACUUGAUUGGACUCCACCUGUGGUAAAUUCAAUUGAUUGGACAUGAUUUGGAAAGGCACACACCUGUCUAUAUAAGGUCCCACAGUUGACAGUGCAUGUCUGAGCAAAAACCAAGCCAUGAGGACGAAGGAAUUGUCCGUAGAGCUCCGAGACAGGAUUGUGUCGAGGCACAGAUCUGGAGAAGGAUACCAAAACAUUUCUGCAGCAUUGAAGGUCCCAAAGAACAGUGGCCUCCAUCAUUCUUAAAUGGAAGAAGAUUGGAACCACCAAGACUCUUCCUAGAGCUGGCCGCCCGGCCAAACUGAGCAGUCGGGGGAGAAGGGCCUUGGUCAUGGAGGUGACCAAGAACCAGAUGGUCACUCUGACAGAACUCCAGAGUUCCCCUGUGGAGAUGGGAGAACCUUCCAGAAGUACAACUAUCUCUGCAGCACUCCACCAAUCAAGCCUUUAUGGUAGUGGCCAGACGACAGCCACUCCUCAGUAAAGGAGUUUGCCACUCCUCAGCCCGCUUGGAGUUUGCCAAAAGGCACCUAAUGGACUCUCAGACCAUGAGAAACAAGUUUCUCUGGUCUGAUGAAACCAAGAUUGAACUCUUUGGCCUGAAUGCCAAGCGUCACAUCUGGUGGAAACCAGGCAGCGCUCAUCACCUGGCCAAUACCAUCCCUACGGUGAAGCAUGGUGGUGGCAGCAUCAUGCUGUGGGAAUGUUUUUCAGCGGCAGGGAUUGGGAGACUAGUCAGGAUCAAGGGAAAGAUGAACGGAGCAAAGUACAGAGAGAUCCUUGAUGAACACCUGCUCCAGAGUGCUCAGGACUUCAGACUGUGGCGAAGGUUCACCUUCCAACAGGACAACGACCCUAAGCACAUAGCCAAGACAACGCAGGAUUGGCACCAGGACAAGUCUCUGAAUGUCCUUGAGUGGCCCAGCCAGAUCCCAGACUUGAACCCAAUCGAACAUCUCUGGAGAGUCCUGAAAGUAGCUGUGCAGCGACGCUCCCCAUCCAACCUGACGGAGCUUGAGAGGAUCUGCAGAGGUGUGCCAAAUACAGUUGUGCCAAGCUUUUAGCGUCAUACCCAAGAAGACUCAAGGCUGUAAUCGCUGCCAAAGGUGCUUCAACAAAGUACUGAGUAAAGGGUCUGAAUACUUAUGUAAAUGUAUAUUUCAUUAUUAUUUUUUUAAAUAAAUUUGCAAAGAUUUCUAAACCUGUUUCUGCUUUGUCAUUAUGGGGUAUUGUGUGUAGAUUGAUGAGGUGAAAAAAACAAUUUCAUACAUUUUAGAAUAAGGCUGUAACGUUACAAAAUGUGGGAAAAAUGAAAGGGUUUGAAUACUUUCCGAAUGCAUUGUAUACUUGAUGGAAGAGGUAGUAUGCACAAUCUGAACGUUGGCAUUGCUGUCUUUAGGACCUAGUGUCCAAGAUGCUGCAUGUGGAUCCCCACCAGAGGCUAACUGCUGCUCAGGUGCUGCAACACCCCUGGAUAUUACACAAGGACCAGUUGCCCAAGUACCAGCUCAAUAGACAUGAUGCUCCUCAUUUGGUCAAGGUAACAAAACUUCAUUCAAUGUACGAGUCUCUUUUCUGCCACUCUGAAAGAAAGCUUCUCUGCUGGGUAUUGAUUAAUUAACACCGAGACUGUUCUCCCUCUACAGGGUGCGAUGGCAGCCACUUACUCUGCUCUGAACAUGCAUGUUCUCCCUGUGCUGGACCCUGUAGGACGCUCCUCGUUAGCUCAACGAAGAGGAGUGAAGAAGUUGACCUCAACAGCCCUGUGA